AGUAACUGAGCUUGCGUAUUGAAAGCAAGUUGGUACAUGGAAGCUAAUGUUAUAAUAAUAAGGCUAUUUAAACUCACACGUGAGCCGUAACAAUCCAAUGUGAGUUAUAUUACAGAUCUAAUUAAGUUUAUGACGUAACACACAAUAUAAGAUCAGAGGUGUGAAUCUAAAAACUUUUCAAUUUUUGAACUGUCGGCUGUCACUGUGAUACUGAUGGUUUAUAAUGGGAAGACACAAAACAUAUGGACAUCAUAAUAAUGGACCAAAGAAGACAACUAAAAGAGACAGACAUCAAGCUAGAGAGAAUAAAUUUGAUGAAGAAAAAUUUAAUGAAGACAUUUCAACAGUAUUAACAAAUGAAGAAAAUGGCGAAAGUGGAGCAGCAUUUUGGUCCCCAGAAAAGUUUCCAUGUCCUCUUGCUAUGUGGGAUUUUGAACAUUGUGAUCCCAAAAAAUGUACAGGAAGAAAGCUGAUCCGAUUGGGUUAUGUUCGCAACUUAAAAACCAACAAACGGUUUAAUGGUUUAAUUUUAACACCUGUUGGCACAAAAUGUUUAUCACCUGAAGAUAGAGAAAUCAUUGCUGACAGGGGUGUGGCUGUCAUUGACUGUUCCUGGGCUAAAUUGCAAGAAACACCAUUAGCAAAAAUGAAAGGAUCCAAUGCCCGCUUGUUGCCAUAUCUAGUUGCAACAAAUCCAGUUAAUUAUGGUAGACCAUGUAAAUUGUCAUGUGUAGAGGCAUAUGCUGCUGCAUUUUAUAUUACUGGGUUUAAAGAGUUAGGUAAAAUUUUGCUGAAGAAGUUUAAGUGGGGUGGAGAAUUUUAUAAGUUAAAUCGAGAAUUGUUAGAUAUUUAUGCUAGUUGUAGUAGUGGUCAAGAAGUUGUGGCAGCUCAACAAAUUUAUCUGAAUAAGUUAACAAGUGAACAAAAGGAAGAAGACAGUUCUAUGAUGUCUUCAGAUCUUGGAUUAGAACAUUAUAACCCCAACAGAAGGGAUUUUCCUAUAUCUAGUUCUUCAGAUUCAAGUUCAGAUGAAGAUAGUGAUGAUAGUGAAGAGGAGGACUUACACAUUAGUGACAAAAAUAAAAAGCGUGAUAUCUGUAAAGAUGAUACUGAUGAUGAGGAAACAGAUGAUGAGGAAGAUGCGGAUGAAAAUCUAUUAGAUCUAGAUGUGAAUAAUUUAUUAAAACAAACUAUAGACAAUAGAGAUAAACUUUCAGAACAGUUAAAAACAGAUGAUGAGGAAGAUGACGAUGAAAAUAUAUUAGAUCUAGAUGUUAAUAAUUUAUUAAAACAAACUAAAGACAGUAGUGAUAAACUUUCAGAACAAUUACAGUUAAAAACAGAUUUAUCUAGUUGUAUUAAAGAUACAAGCUGAGAAAAAUAUUUGUGUGCUUUUAUUUAACUCUGUUUGGAUUUCAAAUGAUAGAAGAUUAUUCAGUGCCAUACAGAAAUGAUGUAUAAUCGUAAACCAAUUAGUCUCUAUUAUCAAGAGUGUGUCAUUGAUAUUUCUUGUGUCAAGGAUAUUUCUUAUUCUAUCAUUGCUCAUCUGGAAGGCACAAGAAAUUCAGAUCACACUAUUGAAUUAUAAUAUCAAACGAAAUUGGUUUAUUAGAUAUACAUGAUUGACUUUCAAAGGUUUACUAGUAAGCCUGGAUCAUCGUGGCAUAUGCAUAGUCUGUAAUACAGACUCUGUAUCCUGUCAUUUUCUAUCUUACCCAAUGGCUAAAUAGCAUUUGGAGCUGUUUCUCUUUGGGUUUUCAUCUGUUUCCUCCCACUGCUAAAGACCACUACGCGCAAGCAAAUUAUUGAAAAAAAAAAUUGAACCAUUUAUUAGUUCCAAAAUGAACUAGUUUGUGUCAAGUGGACAUUAAACCCCAUUUCUCUCUUACCGUACUCCACACGUGAUUGGUAUGUGUGUUAAUACAGUUAUUUUAUUGUUUGGGGGCCAUGUGUAGUUAUGAUAUUGAUCCUGUUCAUGCCAAGCCGAAGAUAGUGCAUCUAUACACAGCUAGUGAUGAUAAUGCAUGUGCUGCAUCACUGACGUGUAAUCACUUGAAAACACAUCUCCAUUAAUAAGUUAACUUUUAUUAGAGCCAAACUUUGGCUGUGUGGAGCACCUUACAUUUUAACCAAAUGCAAUAUAUCAAUUUUUGGAGUUGCAUCCCUUUAAUAGAUCUACCUCGGGUGGGGGGGUUGCUGAAGAAUUUUCAAUCUAUCGUGUUGUUUUGUUCUGUUUAAUAGGAUAGUCACCCCGCGAUCAUCUGAUGGCAUAUUUCUGAAAGCGUGUUUAGGGCUAGUGGGGACAUAAUACUUUACACUUUAAAAAUGCAUUAUGUAAGAUUUAGAUCAAGCUGGCCGUUCUUGCUCUAACAGUUUAAAAAUAGAUAAUUCAAAAUAAAUAUAUUGAAAAUUC